GCGCGGCUGCUGGCCUCGGCCCCACCCCCGCGGUGGGUCCCGGCCCUGCUCGUCCCGGCCCUGCUCGUCCCGGCCAGGCUGGGAGCGCCGGCGCUCGCGGCUUCGAGCGGUGCGGCGGCGCGGGCCCAGCCUGGGCUUGGAGAGGACAGGCAGGGCGGACCUCGGGUCGGACCCGCCGCCCCUCACCCUGGGCCUGGGGCUUCCCCCCCGGCCCGGUUCUCGUGUCGCCACCACCCCUGGCCUCUCCCGCGAGCUCGGCGUCCCGGAGAGGAUUAACAUCCAGGGCAGCAGUGGGCUCCCUUUGUCCAAGGAGGUGGCCACCUGCAUGGGUAGCAGGGCCACAGGCUGGGGCAGUCCUGAUGGCAGAAGUGAGCAGGCAGGCUGGCUGACCGCAGGCAGCCUCUCAGCGCCAGCAUGAGCUCCCGGACCCCGCCUGCCAGGGGCUGGUUCAGCGCCCGCCCGCCCGCCUCUGAGCCUGACCUCGAGCCUCCCACAGACGGGCCAGCCACUGCAGCCACCACCCUCAGCCCAGAAGCCACCAGCUUUAAUGGCACCAGAAUGCCUGACGUGGGUGGCGGCACAGCCGGCGUGGGCACGAUGCUCCUGUCCUUCGGGAUCAUCACGGUGAUCGGCCUGGCCGUGGCCAUGGUUUUGUACAUCAGGAAGAAGAAGAGGCUGGAGAAGCUCCGCCACCAGCUCAUGCCCAUGUACAACUUCGACCCCACGGAGGAACAAGACGAGCUGGAGCAGGAGCUGCUGGAGCACGGGCGGGACAACGCCUCCGCGCCAGCCCCGCCGGGCAAGACCACCCUCCCGUCCCAGGGCCCGCUGCAGAGGCCCAGCCGGCUGGUGUUUGCCGACGUAGCCAAUGCCAUCCACGCGUGAGUGGCCCAGGGGCAGGCCUGGACCUCCAGUGAAGACACCUGCCUCCGCACCCACCGAGCGGCCUAUUCUCAGGACUUACCCUGCCGAGGCCCCGGCUGUCCCCUGCACCGCCUGCUGACUCUCCAGGCUGGGCCUCUGGCCCCUGACGUCCCCUGACGUAAGGGUCCCAGCGCAGAGGACGUUCCUCCUGCCAGGAAGGUCGAGAGCCACUGCUGGCUUCCCUACGUCCUACCCCGACCCCUCCCAUAGGGGCCUGCCCUCUGAUGUGGAGGGGAUGGGAGAGGCACAGGAUGGGAGAGGAGGGGAAGAGCGUUGGGAGAGGCCUGACCUCGGAAUCCGGAGCCUCCUCUGGGGUGGGAGAGGUAACCACCUAGGUCUCGGGGACAGAGUGUGGUGGCAGCUGAAACUACCCGGUGGGCAAGGAUGCUGGGAGGAGGGCCACUCACAGCCAAAGCAGGCCCAUGGUGCACAGGGUCCACGGGGUCUCCCGGCCACUGUGCCUUGGCAGCCAGCUGUCACAGGGCCCAAAGGAGGGUGGCAGCUGAGGGGGAAGGAGCAUGGAAGUCAGGGGACAGAGGCAGGGCCCAGACCCGUGGAAAGGCCUCUUGCACGUGCAUGAACCUGCCCACGCACAGCCGAGGGCCUGUCCCGGCACUGGGGGCAGGAGGCAGACCCUCUGCACUGGCUCCGCCCUCAAGUCGCCCAACACCCCAGGGUGUGUGGAGGGGUGCAGGGUGUCUUCAACAUUCAGGGGCUGACGGGAGAGGGCAGGAAAAAGCGCAGGAACCGCUGCCCCCUCGCCUCUUCACGGGGCGCUGAAAGCCAGGAACCUGCUUCUGCAAAGAGCUCCCUGUCUUGCCGGAUAGAUACAGGGGAUCUGGGGCGAGGGUGGGGGGUGGCUACUGGGCUGAGAGCUGAGGUCACAGGCUGUGGGCAGGCAGGGGAUGUUCUGACCGCCUAAAGUCGGGUGGGGAUGGCCCCUUAGGAAACAGACCUAAGAAACCUGGUCUGUUUUUCGAUCAUAACGCCCACCCACCCAGGGUCCACCCACUCCAUUCCUCUCAGGAAUUCCCCCGGUCCGGGGAUCUGGGCAAGGCCUUAGCCAAGCCAGCCCCCAGGAGCAGUCGGGGGUGCAUGCGCCGGGGUGUGCCCAGAAGCACCUCCCCGUGCCCGGCCUCGCCACUGCGCUGUCCUCCGCUGGUUGGAGGGGACGUGGGGGCGGCGAGUACUUGUCUUCUCUUGGGCAAAUACCACGUGUCAGGAUGUGAGGGCCUAGGUGGCCCACGUGGGGAAGAUUCUGGAUGUGUCCCCUCCUCUGGAUGCUAUAAAUAGGGUGUCACUUGAACGGACCGGAGGGCUGCGGGUAAUUUAGGAUGCACGGAAGCUGUGAUUUAACCCACAGCACCUUCUUGUGAGAGCAUUAAAGAUGUUAUU